GCCUAUCGCGUAUUCAGCAGCAACGCAAACCUCGAAGACUAUAAAUACGUUUGCAGAAAUAUAGAGAGAAUAUCUAUAGACCUUUUUUAGAGAGAAAAAGCGGAAAUUCAACAAGCAUCGCACAAGAUAUUUUACGCACCAGCAGCGCCUCCGAUCGCACAUCCUCUGCCCCAAAUUAGGGUUUCUUUAUCAUCUACCUUUAAUUAUAUCCGUUGAAAAAUAUCUCUGCCUGGAAAACUGUUGUGGCGUUGGAGGUAUUUUUUGACAGGGGAGAGGAAUUGUGUGAUUUUGCGUGCUUUUGAGUAUGCCUGCUACAUGGUCUGAAUCUGUUGAGAAGGCUCCCACCGGUGGUGGUGUAGGGGUUACUUCUCAUGCUUCUAGAAGUACUUAUGUUCCUCCGCAUCUUAGAAAUAGGCCUCCUUCAGCCUCAACUGAUCCUGCCCCCUCAGCUGCAGUUUCCUAUGCUGGGACUUUGGCGGGAAAUGAAUCCCAGGGACAGGGUGGUGCAGCUGUAGGUGGAUUUCAGUCGUAUGGUCCUAGAAAUGAUAGAGGUGGAGGUGGUGGUCUCAGUCGCGGUGGUGGGGGUGGAGGUGGUAGUGCUUGGAACAAUAGAAAUGGUGGUUGGGAUCGUGGCAGGGAAAGAGAGGCUAAUCCUUUUCAAGAUGAUGGAGUUCCAGAACCAGAAUAUGCAGUACAGGAAAAUUCAGGGAUCAAUUUUGAUGCUUAUGAGGAUAUUCCGGUGGAGACUAGUGGGAAAGAUGUCCCACCUCCUGUGAAUACAUUUGCCGAGAUUGAUUUGGGUGAUGCUUUAAAUAUGAAUAUUAAGAGGUGCAAGUAUGUGAAACCUACACCUGUGCAGCGGCACGCCAUACCAAUAUCACUCACUGGGCGGGAUUUGAUGGCUUGCGCUCAAACUGGUUCAGGAAAGACUGCAGCAUUCUGUUUCCCAAUAAUUAGUGGAAUCAUGAAAAGUGGCCAAUCUGCUCAAAGACAGCCACGUAUGCCGCGUAUGGCAUUUCCGCUUGCUCUCAUUCUUUCUCCAACAAGGGAGCUUUCUAUGCAGAUUCAUGAAGAAGCUAAGAAAUUUUCAUAUCAAACUGGCGUCAAGGCUGUUGUUGCUUAUGGUGGUGCACCUAUCAAUCAACAGCUUCGAGAACUUGAAAGAGGUGUGGACAUACUUGUUGCAACACCUGGACGUUUAGUUGAUUUGUUGGAAAGGGCUAGAGUCUCGUUACAAAACAUUAGGUACUUAGCCCUUGACGAAGCAGAUAGAAUGUUGGACAUGGGUUUUGAACCUCAAAUAAGGAGAAUUGUGCAACAAAUGGACAUGCCUCCACCUGGUGUAAGACAGACAUUGCUAUUUAGCGCCACAUUUCCUAAGGAGAUCCAGAGACUAGCUGCAGAUUUUCUUUCAAAUUACAUAUUUCUGGCUGUUGGAAGAGUUGGUUCUAGCACUGAAUUGAUCCUCCAAAGAAUUGAAUAUGUGCUUGAGACUGACAAAAGAAGUCACCUGAUGGACCUUCUCCAUGCACAAAGAGCAAAUGGCGUUCAGGCCAAGCAAGCACUGACAUUGGUUUUCGUUGAGACAAAGAAGGGAGCUGAUUCGCUUGAACACUGGCUUUGCAUUAAUGGCUUUCCUGCCACUUCCAUUCACGGUGACCGAACACAACAGGAGCGAGAAUAUGCUUUAAGAUCAUUCAAAAGUGGCAAAACUCCAAUUCUGGUUGCAACUGAUGUGGCAGCACGUGGCCUUGACAUCCCUCAUGUUGCACAUGUCGUCAACUUCGAUCUUCCUAAUGACAUUGACGACUAUGUCCACCGUAUUGGACGCACCGGGCGUGCUGGUAAAACAGGACUGGCCACUGCUUUUUUCAACGAUGGCAAUGCCUCAUUGGCAAAACCAUUGGCUGAUUUGAUGCAAGAAGCAAAUCAAGAGGUUCCUGCUUGGCUGGCACGCUUUGCUGCUCGGUCUAGCUUUGGAGGUGGUAGGAACCGCCGAGGGCAAGGUGGCGGAGGAAGAUUUGGCGGGCGUGAUUUCCGCAAAGAUUCCUCCUACAAUAGAGGUGGGAUGGACAUGUAUGGUGGCGGCAGCAACAUGAACAAUGGUUACAACCAUUCUGGCGGAUAUGGUGGAGGCUUUGGCUCUGCUGUGACUAGCGCCUGGGACUAAACAACAUUCGACGCUCUCAAACCUGGAACCCUUCCUCUCCAUCAUUGGCUGUGGUGUGGCCAUAUACAAUCUGGGAUUAUUCUCUACUGCUGGUACUUUCGUUUACCCUUCUAAUACUCGUACCAACGGAUCGUACAGUAGCUAGACGGGGUAUUUUGAAGUCGGAUUGAUGGUUUCCGGCAUUCUUUUUCAGGCUCUCUAGGUUGUAUAUACAUUUCUGCAGAUACCUUUCAGUCCUAAGACCUUUGAUGCUGCUGUAUUAUUCUAGGAUUAGUAUCUAGGUUUCUUGAGCAACCUACCAACUCAUCUUUAUUUACUAUAUCACUUUGUAGACUUGGCUUAUUGUAAAUAUGCCUUUGACUGCCUUUCA